AAUUUAUUUGUCAUAGUUUUUUAGAUUUUGCAUAAUAGAUACAUAUUUAUAUUUGUUACAUUAUCUUUUCAAAUUUUAAAGUUUAUAUAGGUUGAUUUUAUUAAUUUUAUUAGAGGGGAUAUUUUAGUCAAUUUCUUUCCAACCCUAAAAAUUGCAUAUAAAUAAUCAUUACCUAUCUCAUAAGAGUUACUCAACCGCCGCUCUUCUCUUCUUUCUCUCCCCAUUUCUUUAGCCUCCAUCUUUUCUCCAACCAUGACUCCCAGUCAUUUAGCCUUUCUCUCCCCAUUUCUUUAGCCUCCAUCUUUUCUCCAACCAUGACUCCCAGUCAUUUAGCUUCAAAAUCUGUAUAAAUCUUUAAUAUAUAUAUACACACAAAUCUUUAGUAUAUAUACACACACAUGCUAGUCUCUUUAUCCUUCCCCCUGUAUGUGCGUUGGCCAAGUAAACUGUCACAAGGGUUUGCCGGAAUUACCAAGCUUGCGUAUUUUCUCCCAUCCUUUAGCAUAUAUGAUUGCAAUUUGAUAAAAAAGGAAGAAAAUGUUCCGGUGUACCACCAUGCAAGAACAAUUUAUGCUGCUGCAUUUGUCACGCUCCUUUCUAUUUUUUCCGGACAGAGCUGGUGCUUUUGCUCGCUGUAUUUCUCGAUCGGUCAGCCGAGCCAACUGAUAGGAAUUUUUAGAGAAAUCGAGAAUUCAAGAGAAAAAGGAACAAAAAGGUGCAAGAAGGGAAAAAGAGGAAGAAAAAGAAAAGAAAAAGAAGAAGAAGAAGAAAAGGGAAAAGAAAAUCAAAAAAAAACAAGGACCCUUCUACCCCUAAAACCCUAAUCUUGGCCUAUAUAAACACCCUUUUCUCUCAUUAGCUCUCAAGUUAGUUUACCCUAGUUUUACCUAGUUGUUAGUAGCCUCCAUCAAUUUCUAGCUUUCUUUUUCAAAUUGUAAUCUCUCAAAUAUUGUAAACACUUUCUUGUUUAAUAUAAGUUCAAGUUUAGUUUCUUCAUCUCCUACAUCUUUACCUUGUUGAAAUUUAUGGCUAUGAAAACCUUUAUUUACAACAAGUGGAUAAAGUGGCAUUUAUGCCAACCACUUGUGGGUUGAGCCUUUGAUUCAAGUUUUAAGCUUACAUUUUUAGUAUUUAGCUUGAGCCCCUUUUGAUUCUCAAUAUUAUUAGUGGGUUCAAUGGCUUAGUUGAUAUUUUGGUUGGUAGUUUGAUGGGGUUUUGUUAGAAACUUGAUAGAUAAGCUAGUUUUAAAGUUUUGUGUAAUUUGGAGUUAGUUUGGUAAGAUUUGGUGUUCUCCUUGUUCUUGAUUUUGGGGCUUUUUGGUGUAAAUUUUAGUUUAUGAUUUUUAAUUGAGGUUAGUGGGUUUAUGUUGGAAAUAUUAUGUUUAGGUUAGAUUUGAAAUUUGGUGUAGUUUAGAGUUGAUUUGGUUUGAUUUGGAUCUCGUUUUGGUCAAGAAAUGGGUAGUUUAGGGGCUAUUUAGUGUAAAAUUUAGUGUCAAAUUUGGUUUAGAGGUUAGUGUGCUUUUAUUUGUCAUAGUUGGAAUGGCUUAAUUUUCCGGUCAAAUCAAUUUUCCGACGAGAUUUAAGCUAUUCCGAGCACCUCCAUAACUUCCGAUGCGAGAAUCAUGUAAUUGCGUCACUGUUUAGUUUACGGCUACUGUUCGAGAAGAUAUAGUCAGUUACUCACGCGCCUACUAUUUCAUUUAGUAUUCUGCUGUUGCACCCCGCCUGUUUUUAUUAUUUUAUUAUUUUAUUAUUUACUUUUUAUUUGUUUUCUUUUAUUAUUUUCUUGUCCUUUGUUUCGCUUACCGCACCACGCAUUUCAACUGCCUGCGUCAGUAGUUUCCUAAUUACUUGUUAAUUAUUAAUUAGUAGUUUCUAUUUAGAUAAUUAUUUUCUUUCAAAUUUAAUUGUUAAUUAGUAUUUUAGAUUUUAGAUUCAAUUUUUAAUUUUCAAUUUAGAUAAAUCAAAACACCUUCAAAAAUCAUUUGGUCUAAUUUGAUUAAGUUAAAAAUUAAGUUUUCGCGAAAAUAAAUUUAGUCCUUGGAACGAAUCUUAUAUUACUAAAACGGGAUCGUGCACUUGCGAGUAAUUUCAAAAUCAUAUUUUGAGCACAUCAAGUUUUUGGCGCCGCUGCCGGGGACUAAAAUUAAUUUUCGCGGCUUAAUUUUUAAUUUUUCGGAUUAGUUUUUUUUUAUAUUCUCUCACUUCCUUUUUGUUUGAAUUUUAGGAAAUCGGAGGAAUAUGAGCUAGCUUGGAAUAAGCGGAGAAUAUUCUUGGAGUAUUGGAAGCUUGCUUGGGUACCUUGUAUCUCUCUCCUAUUUCAAUUUAUUUUAUUUAGAAAAUCACAAAAAAAUUGAAAUUAAAAAAAUCACAAACAAAUUAAAAAUUUAAAAUCCAAAAAUAGUAGUUAGAAUUAAAUAUGUGUUGCAUCAUGCAUUUUUACACUUAGGGCACAUCAUUUAGAUUUUAAUUUUUGUUUUUUUUUAAAUUUUCGUACCUUUAAAUUGUGGUGAUCGCUGGAGGACCCUAAGGUGCGUUAAUUUUCUUUCUUUCUCUAGAUUAGGACACGUAGUUUAAAUCAUCCAUAUUUGUUUACCGCUUUUAUUAUCUCGUUGUGUGGUGCAUCAUUUUAAAUAAAUCUUAAGGGCAAAACCCAAUCACAAGAUAAGGGGAGGGAUUUCAUCACUCUUUCCUUAGCCCACAACAACGUAUUUCUUCAUUUGCAUUUACCUAGCCUUUAAUAAAAUUGAAUUAGACGUUAGCCCCUAAGAUUUCGCGCUCAACUAGGAAGGUACCUAAAAGACGAGGUAAUCUUUUAUUAUUCCGACUCUUCGGUGUCUAGGCAAGCGAAAGCUUACCUGGCCGAUUAAGGUUUGGUGUCUAAGCGCGGAGAUUGGCCUCUUGGCAAUGCCUGCUCCAAACUGGCCAGACCGGUCCGAAUAAUUUUGGAUUUAUCGAGUUUUUGGUGGUCCUUAACGUUAGGAGCAAGGUCUAGUUCAUUUUUAUUAGGGAACCCUAGAAUUAAGUUUUUCUUUCACUUUUACACCCUUUCUUUUGUUUGUUUUAUUUCUUCGCACUUAUUUGCUACGUGUUUACUAUCUAGUUUAUGCGAACUACUUGGGUUAGGAACGAAUCGUCUAGAUUAGUUAGACCGAUCAUCGAAAUCCCGUCUUCAUCCUCUUCCGACUCCGAACCCAUAGAAGCUAGCGAACCGAUAGUAAACAUGGCGUUGUCUCUUAAAGACCGAUGUUACCCAUCCCGUUCCGCUCAACCAUCGUGUAUCACCCUUCCUCCCGUUAAUGGGAAUAAUUUCGAAAUUAAGGCACAUCACAUUAGCAUGUUGCCUAAGUUUUUAGGGAGUGAAGGUGAGGAUCCCUAUCUUUUCAUUCAAGAAUUUGAGGAGGUUUGCGGUUUGCAAAAACUCCAACAAUUGAGUGAAGACUCCAUUCGGCUUAGACUAAUCAACUUUGCUUUAAAAGAAAAUGCUAAAAAAUGGUUGUAUAGUCUACCCGUCAAUUCUAUUUCCACUUGGGAGGGGUUUGUGGUAAUGUUUCUUAAAAAGUAUUUUCCAAACCACAAAACGACUCGUAUUACAAAUGAAAUAAAUCAAUUCCAUCAAAGGGAAAAUGAGUCUUUUUGGAAAUUCUUUGAUCGUUUCAAAAAUCUUUUAUCACAAUGCCCCCACCAUGGAAUAGAGAAAUGGAGACUUUGUAAGAUUGUGUACGAGGCCUUAGAUAGUCAAACAACCGCUUUGUUAGAAUCUAUGUGCCAAGGCAAAUUCAUGGAGAAAGAUGAGGACCAAGGGUGGGAAUUUUUCGAGGACUUAGCCGAGAAAACAAUGUUAUGGGAGUCUACUAGGGAACCUAAAAAGUCGAUCGAGGCGUCUAGCUCUAGGGGUUUGCACUCGAUAGGAAACAAUGUGGCAACCGAUGCCAAAUUAGCAACCCUUACUAAGAGACUCGAAGCUUUAGAGUCUCAUAGUGGCCCUUCAUCUAUGCCUAUGUUCCCGAACUAUAAUGCUUCCCAUCCCGAGAUCCAACAAUCUCAUGAUUUUGAGCAAGUGAACGCGAUGUUCCAACCCAAGCCUAGAAAUGACCCGUUUGCACCAACGUACAACCCCGGGUGGAAGAAUCACCCGAAUUUCUCGUGGAACCAAGGGCAAAAUUUUCAAGCUCCACAACCUAAUUUUCCUAGGCCCAAUCCCAAUUCUUUUCCGAAUUAUCAAAACCCGAGUCAAGCCCCGUUAAAUCCUCCCGGUUUUAAUGAUUCGGAUAAGAGACUCAAUUCCUUAGAAAAAAGCAUAGAGGCCUUAGUGAAAUCGCAAACUAACUUAACCCAAUCCCAACAAACUUUCAUGCAAACUUUAACCCAAGAUCGGCAACUUUUGCAUUCUAAUGUGCAAGCCGUCUCUAAGUUAGAGUCCCAAUUGAGUCAAUUAGCGAGCACGUUGUGUGAACGAGAAAAGAACAAGUUCCCAAGCCAACCGGAGCCGAACCCAAAAUUUCCACUUAAUCAAAGACCCCCGGAUAAUGUGCAUUCAGUCAUUUCUCUUAGGUCGGGUAAGCAAAUAGACACCCACGUUGGUGAGAACCUUGGUAAGAAAGGGGAUUCGACUUCUAAUCCAAGUCCACCCUUCACUACAAUUAAUCAUGACAAACCCGAGAGUUCAAAAGCCCGUGAGGAGUCGAGUGACCCAAACCCGGAACCCGAGUUGCAAGGUGAAGUAGUCUAUAAACCGAGAGUCCCUUACCCACAAAGACUUAUUUCACCUAAGCAAUCGGCUCAAAUGGAGAAGAUUUUGGAAGUGUUUAAGCAAGUCAAGGUCAACAUACCCCUUUUAGAUGCUAUUCAACAAAUUCCCUCAUAUGCUAAGUGUCUUAAGGAGUUAUGCACCCAUAAGAGAACUAACCAUGUCCCUAAGAAAGCUUUCCUUACCUCUCACAUUAGUUCGAUUCUUUCAAACCAAAUUCCCGUGAAAUACAAGGACCCCGGUUGUCCUACAAUUUCAUGUGUCAUAGGAGAAACUUUUGUGGAUAAGGCGUUACUUGAUUUAGGGGCUAGUGUUAAUCUCCUUCCAUAUUCUGUCUACCAAGCUUUAGGUUUAGGGGAGCUCCGCCAAACCAAUGUCACACUUCAAUUAGCCGAUCGAUCCGUGAAAAUUCCUAAGGGAAUGAUCGAGGAUGUGCUAAUUAAAGUAGGUGAUUUCGUGUUUCCCGUAGAUUUUGUCGUCCUAGAGACCGAGCCGGUUAGGAACCCUAAGAAUCAAAUUCCCAUUAUCCUAGGACGACCGUUUUUAGCUACAUCCAACGCAUUGAUUAAUUGUAGGAAUGGCUUAAUGAAGCUAACAUUUGGCAACAUGACAAUCGACCUCAACAUCUUUCAUGUAGGGAAACAAUCCGAUGAUUUCUAUGAUCAACCUUUAGACGUCAAUCUAAUUGAUGAAAUAGUUGAUCAAGAUCUCAUGAAUCCUAAAGAUGCCCUUGAAUUUUGCUUAAAACAUUUUGGAGAGGAUUGGGAUGUUUCCGACUACACACAUGAGGUCAACCAAAUGUUAGAAUCCACCAUUCCUACAACGGGUCAAAAGCGUGAUGUUGAACCCGAGCAUUUGCCUUUACCUAAGAAAAUCGUUGAGUCACAACCGCCGGAGUUAGAACUCAAACCUCUUCCCGACACUCUUAAGUAUGCUUUUCUAGGCCCUAAUGAGUCAUAUCCCGUUAUCAUUGCCUCUAAUUUGACUACGUCACAAGAGGAAGAACUUCUAGAAAUCCUUAGAAAGCAUAAGGGAGCGAUAGGGUGGAGCAUCUCGGACAUUAAAGGAAUUAGCCCGGCGAUUGUCCAACAUAGGAUUCAUUUGGUAGAAGAUGCUAAGCCGGUGAGAGAACCUCAAAGGAGGUUGAAUCCUCCCAUGAUGGAGGUAGUUAAGAAAGAAAUUCUUAAGUGCUUAGACAAUGGGAUCAUUUAUCCCAUUUCCGAUAGCAAGUGGGUGAGUCCCGUUCAUGUAGUGCCCAAGAAGUCGGGCAUUACUUUGGUGACCAAUGAGAACAAUGAGCAAGUUCCAACACGUGUCCAAUCCGGUUGGAGAAUGUGCAUAGAUUUUAGAAAGCUCAAUGCCGUCACUAGGAAAGAUCAUUUUCCUUUGCCCUUUAUCGAUCAAAUGCUAGAGAGGUUAGCGGGUCAUGCGUUUUAUUGUUUCUUAGAUGGUUACUCGGGAUAUUUUCAAAUCCCAAUCGCACCCGAGGACCAAGAAAAGACCACCUUCACUUGCCCUUUUGGAACCUUCGCUUAUAGACGUCUAGCUUUCGGCCUAACCACGGGCCCGUCCACGUUCCAAAGGUGCAUGACUAGCAUCUUCUCGGAAAUGAUAGGUGACUUUCUAGAAGUCUUCAUAGACGACUUUUCCAUCUUUGGACCAUCUUUUCACCAAUGCCUUAACAAUCUAGAUCGAGUGUUGAAAAGAUGUGAGGAAACGGAUCUAGUGUUAAAUUGGGAGAAAUGUCAUUUCAUGGUUAAGGAGGGAAUCGUUCUAGGGCAUAAAAUUUCUGAAAAAGGAAUCGAAGUAGACAAGGCUAAGGUCGACCUAAUAGCUAAUCUCCCUCCUCCCAAGUCCGUUAAGGAAAUUCGCUCUUUCCUUGGACAUGCGGGAUUUUAUCGUAGAUUCAUCCAGGAUUUUAGCAAAAAGGCCCGACCUUUGACCAACCUUCUAGCUAAGGAUGUCAAAUUCGAGUUCACAAGCGAGUGUGUUCAUUCCUUCGACGACCUUAAGAGAGAAUUGACUUCGGCCCCGAUCAUGAAAUCUCCCGAUUGGAGUCAACCUUUUGAGCUUAUGUGUGACGCAUCCGAUUAUGCCAUAGGAGCGGUUUUAGGACAACGAAUAGAUAAGAGGCCUCAUGUCAUUUACUACGCUAGUAAAACCUUAAAUGAUGCCCAACUCAAUUACUCUACCACCGAGAAGGAACUUCUAGCCGUAGUCUUUGCCUUAGAAAAAUUUCGCUCUUAUCUUAUCGGGUCCAAAAUCAUUGUUUACACCGAUCAUGCCGCUCUUAAGUACCUUUUCUCUAAAAAAGACUCAAAAGCCCGUUUGAUUAGAUGGGUGUUGUUGCUCCAAGAGUUUGACUUAGAGAUUAGGGAUAAGAAAGGUUGUGAGAAUGUCGUCGCCGACCAUCUCUCUCGAUUAGUGGUUGAAUCCACUAAUGACUUGCCCUUAAGCGAGUCCUUUCCCGACGAACACCUUCUCACGAUUUCCACUCUCCCUUGGUUCGCCGACAUAGUCAAUUACUUAGCAACCGGUGACAUUCCCUCGAAUUGGUCCAAGAAUGAUAAAGCCAAGUUCUUUUCUCAAGUGAAACAUUUCUUUUGGGACGACCCGUAUCUCUUUAAACAUUGUCCCGAUCAAAUCAUUAGGAGGUGUGUCCCAAAUAGUGAGUUUCAUAGCAUCCUCUCGUUUUGUCACGAUCAAGCAUGUGGAGGUCAUUUUAGUGCGAAGAAGACCGCCGCUAAAAUCCUCCAAUGCGGUUUUUAUUGGCCUAGUUUGUUUAAGGAUGCCGCCGAGUAUUGUUCCGCAUGUAGUAGGUGUCAACAUCUAGGAAGAAUCACUAGAAGGAACAUGAUGCCUAUGAGCCCAAUCCUUGUUAUAGAGCUCUUUGAUGUGUGGGGCAUAGAUUUCAUGGGCCCAUUCCCUAGUUCAUUUGGCCACCUUUACAUCCUUCUCGCGGUAGAUUACGUUUCUAAGUGGGUAGAAGCCAUCCCGACCCGGUCCAAUGACAACAAAGUUGUCCUCCGAUUCCUUAAAGAGAAUAUCUUUUCUCGAUUUGGAACGCCUAGGGCUAUCAUUAGUGACCAAGGGACACAUUUUAAGAACCGUCAAUUCGAGUCACUUCUUAAGAAGUACUCCAUCACUCAUAGGCUUGCUACCCCUUAUCAUCCUCAAACUAGUGGCCAAGUAGAGGUGUCGAACCGGCAAAUUAAGCAAAUUCUAGAAAAGACGGUCAACUCGAAUAGGAAGGAUUGGUCCACCAAGUUGAUAGACGCCUUAUGGGCCUAUCGGACCGCCUUUAAGACCGUCUUAGGAAUGUCUCCUUAUAGACUCGUGUAUGGUAAAGCUUGCCAUUUGCCGGUUGAGUUAGAGCAUAGGGCCAUGUGGGCCAUUAGAGAAUUGAACUUCGACUUACCCACCGCCGGUAGUCAUCGAAAGUUGCAAUUGACCGAGUUAGACGAGCUUCGAAAUGAUGCCUACGAAAACGCUAAAAUUUACAAAGAGAAAACCAAGGCCUUCCAUGAUAAGACCAUCUUGAGAAAAUCCUUUUCUCCCGGCCAAAAAGUUCUUCUCUACAAUUCUAGGCUUCAUUUGUUUCCCGGUAAGUUGCGUUCUAGAUGGGACGGUCCUUACAUUGUUCAAGUUGUGUUUCCUCACGGUGCUAUUGAAAUUCAGGAUCCUAAAAAUGGUAAUGUUUUUAAAGUUAAUGGUCAACGUCUUAAACCAUUUUUAGAAUUGCCUAUUGAUUCGGAGGAAGAGGUCAUCCACCUCAUCGACCCUUGAUCAUGUAAGUUGCUUCAGUAGUUAAUAAAAAUCCCUUCAUCUCCUAUUCAGGUAUUUUUCCUCUUUACUCUCUCAUUUCAAUUCUCUCUUUUGCAUACAUUGAGGACAAUGCAUGAUUUAGGUAUGGGGAGGGCUUUAGUGUAAUUCUUAAAAAAUGAAAAUCCCUAAAAAAUAAAAAAAUUAGAAAAUCCAAAAACAGAGAUUCUUUUAGCUAAGUUGUCUUUCCCUCACUCGAACUUUAGGAGUAGUUGGUGUUUAGCAUGUUUUUGAAAAGUAUAUAUAUGUAGUGUCUUUUAGAUAAUUUGAACGUAGUUGAGUAAGGUUGUCUUUUUGAAACUUGUAUCGACCGAUUUGUACUUUAAAUUCCAAGAUGGCACACACAUUUGCACAAGACCUUUGAUGGAGAGAUUGUCUAGUGAUAUUAUUCGAUACCUGAGAGAGAACCCACAUGUUGAAACAAUGUCGAAUCGAACCUUUGCGAAUAAAAAAGAAAUAUAGAAAAAAAAAAAAAAAAAGAAGAAAAAAAGGAAUAACUACUUCAAUACCCAUUGUUCUUUAUAGAUAAAAUCUUUAGAUAAAUGGGCAAAAGUAGAUUGGCUAGUCUCGUUUUGUGGCCUUUGUUACUCGAGUUAUUAAGUCCGUCGGGGGAUUUUAAAACCUAGUGCCCUAAGACCGUUUGGUUUGGGAGUCACUGACCUAAAGCUCGUUACAUGGGUAACAUUGUUUGCCUAAGAAAACGGACAAAAUAAAGUCAAUGCAAAAAAAAAAAAAAAAAAAAAAAAAAAGAAGAGAGAAGAAGAAUAAGAGUUUGUGAAGUUUGGCUAGAUAUUUGUUUCGAUAGAGAUUGGGUCAGUUCAAAAUUGGUUGAAAAAGAGAAAAUGUUAUUAGACGAUUAGGAUCCAUCAAAGGCCUUAAAUUACUUACACUCCUUGGAUUUCUAGUAAAUUUUUGUGUCGAGUCAAGUAGAUUAGAGACGACUGUAUCUUGAUUAUUAGUAGAUGAGUCUUUAAGUCAUAUUUUCCUUAAAAACGCUUUUUGUUAACAUCAACGAAAUUAGAGUAGAGUCGAGUAGACACUUGCUAGAAUGUCUCGAAGAUUUUAUGGGUAUAUCUUCUGUAAACCCUUAGGAGACAAAACUCCUCUUGUAGAGAUCGUCUACGAGUUUAACGGGUUGGUGAACCUAAAAUCACCCGUCACGCCUACGAAAAGGAGCCUAGGAAUCGCAUCUAGUUUUCUUAGUUUAUUUUCUUUUCUUUUGAUUUUCACUCGAGGACGAGCAAAAUUUAGGUAUGGGGACGUUUGAUAGGUCCAUUAUUUUGCACAUUUUAACUACCGAUUUAUUGCUUGUUUUCGUAUUUUAUUAGUUAAUUGUUUUGUUUUCAGGAAUUUUUAGAGAAAUCGAGAAUUCAAGAGAAAAAGGAACAAAAAGGUGCAAGAAGGGAAAAAGAGGAAGAAAAAGAAAAGAAAAAGAAGAAGAAGAAGAAAAGGGAAAAGAAAAUCAAAAAAAAACAAGGACCCUUCUACCCCUAAAACCCUAAUCUUGGCCUAUAUAAACACCCUUUUCUCUCAUUAGCUCUCAAGUUAGUUUACCCUAGUUUUACCUAGUUGUUAGUAGCCUCCAUCAAUUUCUAGCUUUCUUUUUCAAAUUGUAAUCUCUCAAAUAUUGUAAACACUUUCUUGUUUAAUAUAAGUUCAAGUUUAGUUUC